AUGGGUACCGAAACAGCAUCAAUGGAUCAAAUCACAGAACCCUUGAUUCAAGAACCACAAACCACCAAUUCAAAGAGUGAAUUUUUAUCCGAACCAGUUCCUGAAUGGAAGGAACAGAUCACGGUUAGAGGGUUGGUUGUGAGCGCUGUUUUGGGGUGUUUGUUUUGUAUUAUAACGCAUAAACUCAAUCUCACGGUUGGGAUUAUUCCCUCGCUUAAUGUUGCGGCUGGGUUGCUUGGGUUCUUUUUUGUGAAGACGUGGACUGGGUUGUUGACCAAGAUUGGGGUUCUUACUAAGCCGUUUACAAGGCAGGAGAAUACGGUUAUUCAGACUUGUGUUGUUGCUUGCUAUGGCCUCGCUUUUAGUGGGGGGUUCGGUUCAUCCUUGAUUGCUAUGGAUCAAAAAACAUAUGAACUCAUUGGCCCGGAUUAUCCUGGUAAUAGAGCUGAAGAUGUUAAAAAUCCCGGCUUGGGAUGGAUGAUCGGUUUCAUGUUUGUUGUCAGUUUCCUUGGUCUUUUUAGUCUUGUGCCACUUCGUAAGGUUAUGGUCUUGGAUUAUAAGCUUACAUAUCCCAGUGGAACAGCCACAGCAAUGCUAAUUAACAGUUUCCAUACAAAAACUGGAGCAGAACUUGCAGGGAAUCAAGUUCGGCAACUUGGAAAAUAUUUAAGCAUGAGUUUCUUUUGGAGCUGCUUUAAGUGGUUCUUCAGUGGGAUUGGAGAUUCAUGUGGAUUUGACAAUUUUCCUAGCUUUGGUUUGACUCUAUUUAAGAACACAUUCUACUUUGACUUUAGUCCAACUUAUGUUGGAUGUGGUCUUAUCUGCCCCCAUAUAGUGAAUUGCUCUGUUUUCCUUGGAGCUAUUAUUUCAUGGGGUUUUCUGUGGCCUUUCGUCACCAAGCAUGCCGGGGACUGGUAUCCAGCUGACCUUGCUAACAAUGAUUUCAAAGGUCUUUAUGGAUACAAGGUAUUUAUAUCUAUUGCCAUUAUUUUAGGAGACGGUAUCUACAAUCUAGUUAAGAUUAUAGUGAUAACGAUUAGGGAGAUGUUGAGGACAAGAUCCAUACAGAACAGCCUUCCUGUUGUGACUGAGGUUCCUGAAGGUGAUAGUUCUGAAUUGCAAUUAGAAGAAAAGAAAAGGGCUGAAAUAUUUUUGAAGGAUGGGAUACCAACCUGGUUUGCAGCAUCUGGAUAUGUAGGCUUGGCAGCGAUAUCCAUUGGCUCACAGAUUGGAGUCUUGCAUCCACAUACGGUAAGAUCGGUCUUUUCAUCAUUGCGGCAGCAGUUGGCACAAACGGAGGGGUAA